AUGUCUUCUAAAGGCGCACAACGGCCGAAAGGCAAAUCAGUAGUCAAACCUGCUCCUCCAGCCAAAGCAGGUCCGACCUGGACAGCACCAAAAACCAUCACCCACCCCGAACACCACCACACGCUCAACCACCUUAACCAGGUCGCAGCUUACUAUGCAGUCUUGUCCUCCACCUUCGACUUUUCUUCAUCCUCAUAUGCUUCAACUUCCGCACUGCACCUGCAAAGCGAGAUCACAAGAUCAGCAAAGACACUGUCACGAAAAUCGGUGAUCAGACUAGAUACAUCGGUGAAAAGACGUGCCUGUGGAAGAUGCGAGGCGGUAAUGAUCGAAGGUCUUACGAUGAGUAUUAGGAAUAAAGCCAGUGGACCACACGACCAUGUGUCGAAGAAAAAAUGUGGGGUCUGUGGGGCGGUGGUAAGACUACCUGCUCCUGACCUUGUGCCUGAAAUUGGAGUUGGAAAGGGGCCAAGGGAUGGGCAGAAGGAGCAGGAAGAGGGAACAUCAGAGGCAGCAAAGGGGAAGCAGAAAGUGUCGCAGAGACAGAGACGAAGAACGGGGUCGAUCAAGCGACAUCUACUUGGUAAAAUUAAGGCAAAAGAUGAUGGCGAAGAAGAGGGUUCUUCGUCAGUGCAGUCAGCACAGGAGCCAUCGAAGCCGAAGCUAUCGAGAAGGCAAAGACAACACGCAAGGUCAGACAAGUCAUCGAUACGGCUUUCAUCACGCAGAUUGGAUAGGUUCAUGGAACCUUCUCAUAGUACCAAGGAGCGACGUCGGAACGGAGAACUGAAGCCUGCCGCAACCGAACCGCCGAAAGGCCCACCUGAGCUUGCGACCACUGCUGUCUCGUUGUCUGGCGCAUCGAUCGAGUCGCAGCCGACUCCGCACCGCAAAGGAAGAAUUCGGCGACCUCAGCUUGAACACUUUAACGACCGCGUCCAGGGCUCGUGUUGGGACGAGGCCUUCAUCAAGCUCUCCUCACAUCUAUUAGAACCGGUAGAAACUCUGGAUGGCUCGGAGCGUGGCGCAGAGACAUCGGCGAUGGAGAACGAAGAGAGACAGGUUUCAACUCAAGCACUGGAAUACUGGGAGAAGGCAGCGCGAUCUAGAGGUGAUCAUUUGCUCGUCACUGGUGUUGGGAAGAACGGCUCCUUGGGCGCCGGCGUUCGGUAA